AUGGCAACUGAAAUCCGGAUUCACCUGUUGAAAAACGGCAAAAAUGCACCUGUUUCGAGAAAAAAACCGGAGCAUUUGACUCCAUCGUCACUUCAUUUAUUCUUACUUCAUCACAACGUAAUGGAUGGUUUAAUGAAUGCGACUGGCAGUGCUGCCAAAGACUUGGAAAACAAAAAGAAUGGAAUGAAGCUUCUCGGAGAUUUCUCAAAACUGAUGAUGGCGGCAAAUGCAAACGACACAAAAGGUACAUCUGAAGCACUCGUCAGUUUGGGCACUGAUUUAAUGAAGAUGAAACCUCAGAACAAGACGAAUACUGAUAUGGGAAAGAUUGGAACGGCAUUGACGGACAUACUGAAUAACAGCACGGAAACCAUGGAAUACAGUAACAUAACACAGUCUUCGAGACAAUCAUUUAAAGAUAAAUGGGGAUGGUUGAGUCACAAAAACCAUGUAUCAAACACAACGGACUAUGGGAACAACUCGACAGAUUUUGGAAGUAAUGGAACUGAUAGUCUUUUACCAAACUUCGAUAACAUGUCGGAGGGUCUGGGAGCUAAUGAUCUCAGCUCUUAUUCACACAAAUCGUAUCCAGUCAAUUUGAAUAUGACCUACAGCCAUCCAUCGGUAUUGAAUUUCUUCUGCAGUUUGACAAUGAUUGCAUUCUUUUAUUAUGUUCCGAGAAUGGCCUACUUUCGACUAAGCAAUUUAUCGAAUGACUACAAACACUCUUCAUUCGUUCCCAUCGUUUGUCUCUCCGUUAUUGCAUGUCUUGGAGCUGGAAUUCAUAUUGCAAAUGCUUAUUAUCAUGCGACAAACAAUAUGAUGGUCAGUAUGCUCACGGGUAGUUUCGAUUCCGUAGAAUUCGAUAUGUUCUCUCCAUUCAUCUAUAAAUCUCUAACUGCUUCCGUCAAUCGCAUCGUCUCUCCGAUUGUUAGUCUUCUCUGUCUUCAACAAAUAUCAAUUCACUCCAAAUACAACCUUCAGAUUUUCCAGAAUUCAUUCUUCCAACUCGCUUACUGUGUCAUUCACAUAAUUCUAGUGACUGCAUACUCCUUCUACAACGAAUACAGAUUUAUGACGUCCAUUGAUGGAAUACAGUACCCGGAUUCAAUUCACGUCGAUCUCAUUGAUAUAAUCCUUCCACUUAUCACUGCAUUUCUUUUCUUUUUCGCAAAGCAUUCAAUCUCUCGACAAUCUCUCUAUACAACUGAAAAGUAUGGACCAAAUGGACCAACUACUCUUGAUCGAGUCUCUAAAGUUGUGGUUUUCCAAACGAUCAUGGUGUUCGUUGCAAUUGGUGCAAUAUUCUACAGUCCAUCGGCAGCAGAAGAGGAAGUAUUGGAUUCAGAUGCAAUGACUUGGUAUUACUUCUUCAUGACUGCUCAAACACCCGUCGUUCAUUUCGUUCUCUUCCGUUCACUUCUCCGUUCUCGUAAAUCGACUCGCAUCUGUUUCUUGGUUUGUUGUCAUUCUGGAGAGAAGAUUUAUACUGCUGAUAACGGAGUUGAAUUGAAUCAACAGCCAAGAACAAGUGAGCCAAGUCAGAAGAAUGGAGAAGAAGAAGACGAUGAGAAUAAAGAGGCGAAUACAAUGGAAACAUUGGAUCAUAACAAGAUUGUCAUCGUUCCAGAUGGAAAUUUAGAGAGAUGA